CCUCAGGAAGCACCUGAGCUACCUAGUACCUACUAGGUAGGUUUGGAUUAGACCCGAGGAGAAAUCGCGGGGUCUGUCAUCCUCAUGGUUGCUCGGCGAACAUUCACCUGCCCGACGUCGGCCUUUUAAAAACUGCGGCCGAGUCUCAAAUUUCGGUUCUUUUCUUUUCUUUUUCUUUUCUCGCGGUUCAGUCCUCGUUCUCUGCCCCUUUCCUUGCCUCUUCUUCAGUCAAACGGUAGUUGUCUGCUCUUCUAUCCAGUAUGUCUCAUGUCAAAGAGGACAGGCCCUCACGGGCAGUCCAGCAUCAUGUUUCGGACGAAGACGAUUUACCGUCAAUGAGCGUCGGAAAAUACCUGAUAACUCGAAUCCCAACCCUGGUACCUGCUAUGAACCCUGCUCCGAAUCCCAUCAAGGCCCUUACUCUGCUCAGUGGCAAGCAAUGGCUCUUCUUUGGUGUCGCCUUCUUUGGUUGGACGUGGGAUGCCUUCGAUUUCUUCACCGUAUCCUUGACGACCACUCAGCUCGCAGAGGCCUUCGACAAGUCAGUCACAGAUAUCACCUGGGGCAUCACCCUCGUGCUGAUGCUCCGCUCCGUGGGAGCGAUCGCCUUCGGCAUCGCUGCCGACCGAUGGGGCCGUAAAUGGCCUUUCAUUGUCAACAACAUCAUGUUCAUUGUGCUGGAGCUGGGAACAGGUUUCUGUAAUACAUAUCGUGAGUUCCUGGCUUGUCGCGCUCUCUUUGGGAUUGCUAUGGGGGGUCUAUACGGCAACGCCGCGGCUACUGCGCUUGAAGAUUGUCCAAUGGAGGCGCGUGGUAUUGUAUCCGGUUUACUCCAGCAAGGCUAUGCGUUUGGAUAUCUGCUGGCGACGGCUUUUGCACGCGGAUUGGUUGACACGACCUCGCACGGUUGGAGACCUUUGUAUUGGUUCGGCGCAUGCCCUCCGGUCCUCAUCAUCAUCUACCGGCUCUGCCUGCCGGAGACAGAUGCUUUCAUCGAACGCCAGAGGACUCGAAACUCUGUCCGGGGUGGAGUGACAUCGACUUUCUUGUCGGAGGGCCGGGCAGCUUUGAAGCGACACUGGUUGCUGCUGAUCUAUCUCGUUCUGCUCAUGGCGGGCUUCAACUUCAUGUCUCAUGGCUCGCAAGAUCUGUAUCCGACCAUGCUCAAGAGCCAGUUUGGCUUCUCGGCUGAUGCGGUCACUGUCACCCAAGUCGUCGCCAACCUGGGCGCAUUGACGGGAGGCACCCUGUGCGGCUGGGCGAGUCAGAUCUUCGGCCGACGAUUCUCGAUCAUUGUGAUCAGUGUCGUCGGCGGUGCCCUCCUCUACCCGUACACUUUUGUUACCUCGACCAAUGUCAUGGCCGCCGCCUUCUUCGAGCAAUUCUGCGUGCAGGGCGCUUGGGGUGUCAUUCCCAUUCAUCUGAUGGAGCUGUCUCCAGGCUCAAUCCGCACCUUCGCGGUGGGUACAGCCUACCAGCUCGGCAACCUAGUGUCGUCAGCCAGUUCCACGAUCGAGUCAACGAUCGGAGAACGGUUCCCUCUGCCACCUUCAGCCACUGGAGCCAAGCGCUACCAGUACGGCAAGGUGAUCUGCAUCUUCAUGGGGUGUGUGUUCGCUUAUGUGAUCUUGGUGACAUUCUUGGGCCCGGAGCGGUUGGGACGUCAGUUCGAUGUGGCACAUGAUGCGGACAUGGCGGAAGUGACGGCGCAUCACGGCAAGGACGGUGAAGUUGUUGAGAGUGACCCAGAGAAGGGUACCGUGCGGACCUUAGAGGGUUGAAGCACGCAGUGAAAAGACUUUUACACUACAGUGCGAGAUCUACGAUGUGAUGAUUUAGCGUUCGGAAUUUAUGGACGGCAUUAUGCUUGGAUAUCAUGACUGGAACGGCUUCCGAGACCUAGCAUGUAUGGCCAUACAUAUUGAUUCUUAAUGUCUCCCUCGUUUACCGGAGGAGAAAUAAUGCAAGUAUAACUAUGUAAGAUUCAAGCUUCGAAUUGAACAAGAACUUUGAAGGAAUGAUUUGGUAAUGUUG